AAUAGAUUUUUUGGAUUUUGAGCUUUUGAGGACGAGAGAAAGCUUAAAAUAAACGGUAAGAUUUUAAAUUCAAACGUAGAGUGAAGUACACUACGAGAAUUCUGUAUACCCCAACCUAAUUCAAUGUUCAUUCAUAUUGUUUGCGCUUGCGUUUGUUUAUGUUUAAAAAAAAUUGUUUAAUUUUCGUUACAAUUAAGUGAAAAUUGAUCAUAAUGGAUAAGUUUUCUGUUCUUGAGGAAUCUCUCCGAGAUGCUGGCAUUAUUGGUGAUUAUUCUGUUAUCAAGAUACCGUCGUACUUGAAGAAAAUUGCCGGAAUUGCUGAUCCAAAAAUUUUGUUAUUGCUCAAAAAGGUGGACAGCAGGAAGAAAUCCGAUGAUAUAUCCUGCUUACCUAGCUUCGUAGAUGAGGGAAAUACCACAAACCCCAUGGAUCUAACAGGAUCUCCACUGAAGGAUGAAUGUGCCAUUGAAUCAUUGGAUAUUUCAGCUAAUCUCUUGAAUUUCCAUCAGGAAAAGCCCUGGGAUGCAAUUGAGGAAUGCUAUCGAGGAAUUGAACAGCAGGAUGCCAUUAAAAUUCUCAAUUUGUUGGGGGAGAACAUUCCACCGAGCACUUCAAUUUGGGCACUCUGUCCCAGUGAAAAUCAAAAUGUUCUGCUCAUGCAGAAGGAAUUCACGGAAGGAUUCAAUUCCCGCGGGAAGGUUUGGUUUGAUGGUAACAUUAUGCUUGAGAACAUCAAUUUGUCCGCAGUCAUGAAGAAACAUCUCUCAUUUUGUGGGAGAGAUGAGCAAACUACGAUGGAUAUUCGUGCUGAAUUUAAGCUCAAAAACAACGUCCUUCUUGAGCACAGCUGGCUAAAUUCAAAGGAAACCACCCUGAUGAAUACUUCAACGUCUGCAUGCACCCUUCGACAGGUGCUCCCUGUUGAUUCGAAGGAUUUUGCAGCGGAAGAUUUUUGGCGCCAACUGGUAAUUCUCGACACGAUUGCAGAGGAAAUUAUCAAGUACAAGAAACACGAUGAUAAGCGUUUUGAUCCUGUGUACAAAUGUGGCAUUACCACAACCACCAUCACCACCCUAAAGGAACAAAUCCAAAUGAAUCUCACGGAACUUCCCAUGAAUUUCACAGACUUGAAACCAAUUUCUUCGGAAAACACUGUCUCAUCCCUCAUGAGUAAAGCACACGAGCGGGAUUCUCUGAGUGUAACCGACAAACUGUGGGACAUUCUCAAAUUUGCUGCAUCCUACAAAGAUCUCAAACUUGCACUGAACUUUGUCUUCCAUUCUGCGUCUGAGAAUAAAAUUCUGAAUACACAAACAAACACCAACCACCUGGCAAUGCUGAUUGAUGCCGUGGCGCACAAGGAGUUGAGCAUCCCAUGUCUCAUUGGUAGUGAACCCCUUGAGCUUCUUCUUGAAAUUGGCUUGGAGAAAGCAAGAAAGGAUUACGAAUACAUUUUCACUGAGAGCAAAAUAUGCUUCCCGGAAGAACUUCAACUUGGAGCUGAGGCAACAGUGGAGGAGAAUCAGGCACAUUCCAAGAGAUUGACAUCGCGAAAGUCCCUCUUUGGUGCUAAUCACACAAAAACAUCUCGAGCCACGUCCGGCAAGUCGCUGCUGAAGAAUCCCUCUGCUCAAGAUUUCUUGGAUGAUAAUGUCAUGGGCUUUCGCAAUAGUCACUUCAAUCGAACCGAUGUGGAUUAUCGUUUGGCAAAACUUGCACAAAUUCACCUCAUUCUCGAGCAUCUCAUUCAAGUGGACAAUCUCAAAUUGGCAAACUUGAAUCAGUUGAUAACGAGGAACUUACUCGAGACACCCAUUGUGCCAUUCAAGAGCCUCAAUCCCACUGAGAACUACAUCCUCAAUAUUUCCGUACCAAAUGAUCAAGUUGCGGAACUGACAAAAUUCAAGAGGCCAAAUUCUCUGCGCAUUGUUAUGCGGUCGGCGAAUAAGUUUAAACACGUGGAAAAUACUUUUUAUUACACUUCAGAAGCAAUUAUUCCGCCUGAAACUUUUCCAAUGAAUGCAGAGAAUUUAUCAAAAGUUGAUGAAAUCGAUCAGAAUGAAUACUUUGUGUAUCGCUACCUGAAAAUUAAGACACUAAACCGAUGCGGAAUGUAGAAGAGCUGCCCUAAUUGAGCUGAAUAAAUUUGUUUAUCCAAAAAUCAAUGAAUGCCAAUAAAAAUAAUUAUUAAAUGCACCAAA